UCUUUUCUCUCUCUUCCUCUUACCGUAACGCAUUUCCUUUCGAAUCAGCAUUUCCUUUCGAAUCAUCAUCAUCGAUGAUGUCUAAGCUCAGGAAUUUGUCAUCGGAGCGUUUCCCACACGACCUCGUGAUCGACAUACUGACUCGGCUACCAGUGAAAUCCUUAAUCAGAUUCAGGUGCGUUUCUAAAUCUUGUUACUCUACAAUCACCGACCCCAUUUUCAUUACCAAACACUUGAACCUCCAACUCAACAAUAAAGCCAAAUCAUUAUCAUCCAAUAACAAUCAUUAUGGUUUUCUGCUAUAUACCCAUGACAAACAACUGUACACGGCUGCUUGCAAUGGCGGUCCCACGUUGACAUUGACUGAGGUUUCUAAGUUUCAAAUCCCCUUUCCUGUAGAUCAUUACAUGGUUGACCAUUGCAAUGGCAUGUUCUUGAUUUAUGGAAAUCGUGAUGCUUUGAUAUAUUUAUGGAACCCAAACAUUCAAAAGUUUAAGGUGCUCGCUGAUGGUCCUAAUGGCUUCACUCUUGGACUUGCCUAUCAUUGUCAAAACAAUGACUUCAAGAUUCUCAAAAUUGUCCUAAAUUCAAUUUUUAACAAUAACACAAGGCCAAGGUUUGAGGCCAAGGUUUACACGUUGGGUACGGAUUUGUGGAGAAGGAUUGAAUUUUCGGUGGAGUCUGUACCCAAUCUUGGGUCUAUUUUAGAUAUGCAAUAUGAACCCUUUUUGUUUUUUAAUGGAGCUCUUCAUUUUAUGGCAUAUACUUGGGGCAAAAACAACACUAACAAUUUCAUUUUGUCCUUUGAUGUCAAUGAUGAAAUAUUCCGAGAGAUAAGACUGCCGGAGAAUUACUUAGAUGGAUUAAUUUUUGCCGAACAAGCAGUUCACCGACUUGUGGUGUUCAAGGGAUCAUUGGCUCUAAUUGUUUUUGGUCCUACUGUAGAUGAAGAUGGUGAAGUUUUAGAUAAAUGCGACGUGUGGGUGAUGGGACAGUAUGGUGUGGUUGAGUCUUGGAUAAAGAAAACUGUAGGACUCGAGCGGAUUCAGAAUUUCUUUGGCUGCACUGAAAGUGGUCAACUUCUAAUUAUAAUGCCUUCGGGAAGGAUGGUUUCGUAUGACCCUGAAAGUCUAUACGAGAACAGUAUUGGAAUUCCAAGUCCUAACUGGUUGGGCUACACAACUGAUCUUAUGGAAAGCCUGGUUUUACUUGAUCACAAAUAAAUGUCAUCCAAAUGUGAAGAUAAAUCAAUGAAGUAAAUGAUGCUCUAUUUUAUGUUUUAUUUUACUUUUCCUUAUUGUAAUAUUAAAUCAAUGAAGCCAUCAUUAUGUUC